CUGUACACCACUCUGUACAUUGUACACUACAGCCCCAGGUCUCGACCAGACACAAUGCUACUGCAGACCAGGACAUGCCUGGUUCUAAUCUUCUGCUCCGCUUCCUGGAGCAUGCGUCUAGAGCAGACCUCCAGAGCCUCCAGUAGAUGUCCCUGCUCCGCCUCUGAGAGACCCACCUUGGCUAGGACCUGUGAGGGGUCUUCUCCCUUCAUGGUCUUCAUGGAAGCCCUCAUACUAUCCCAGUGUUCCCUGAAGGACCCCAUACUAUGCUACAAGCCUGACCUGGAGACGGAGGUGGUAGACUUUGUGGUGGUGGGGGCUGGGUCCGCUGGGAGUGUGGUGGCCUCCAGACUCAGUGAAGAGCCCCGCUGGAAUGUGACAUUACUAGAGGCGGGGGGAGCGGCACCAGCAGGGACACAGCUUCCGUCCAUGUACUUCAACUACCAGGGCUCCGACAUUGACUGGAACUUCCCCAUAGAGAAGCAAGCCAAUUCUUGCCUCAGUAGACCUGGUGGAUUCUGCUCUUACCCAAGAGGAAAAGUGAUGGGAGGGACUUCAGUACUUCAUGGAAACAUGUACAUGAGAGGGAACAAGAAAGAUUACGACCAAUAUGAAAAAUUAGGACUCCAAGGAUGGGGCUUCAAAGACGUUUUGCCAUAUUUCAAGAAGUCUGAGGAUAACCUUGAUUUUCCCUCUAAGGAGUUCCAUGGCCAAGGUGGGCUGAUGACUGUGUCUCGCUACCCCGAGACCCCAAGUUUUGGGAAGUAUUUCAUCGAGGCUGCUAGAGAGCUUGGUUUUGAGACCAUGGGGGAUGCUACGGGACGCAACCAAACUCAGUUCACCAUCGCUCAGAUGACAGUGAGAAACGGAGAGAGACUGACUACUUCCAAAGCUUUCCUCUACCCAUCGGACGUGCUCAGCAGGAAGAACCUUAAUAUCAUUCCAAAUGCCUAUGUAACAAAGGUUUUAUUUGACGACAGCAAACGGGCCAUCGGAGUUACGUACUUCAAGGAUGGUUCAUACAGAAACCUCUACGCCAAGAAGGAGGUGAUCCUGAGUGCAGGGGCUAUUGGUUCUCCCCAUCUGCUCCUUCUGUCAGGGGUGGGACCAAGGAGACACCUUCUGGAUAAGGGUGUUCCUAUACUAGCCGAUGUACCAGGAGUUGGGAUGAAUCUACACAACCAUGUAUCUAUUGGUGUUCCGAUAUUGUUUAAAACUAGAAGAAACCCGAGUAGACUGAAUGUGACAACUUUGGCUGAAUAUCUGUCGUACAGGAGAGGUCCUCUAUCAUCCACCGCACUGUCACAAAUGACCGGCUUUGCACAUCUGGAUGAUGGAAACCAAGACACAGAUGUUCCGGAUAUUCAGUUCUUCUUUGAAGGUCUCAACGCAAACUGUUCCUCUACUGGGUUCUCUGCGCUGGAAGACCAGCCUGACUAUACGUUGAUCAAGAUGACACCCACUCUUCUUUCCCCGUUUAGUAGAGGUUUCUUGGAACUAGCCUCUUCAGACCCAUUCAUGUAUCCCAGAAUUGUCUCCAACUACUUCAGUGAUGAAAGAGACUUGAACUUGUUAGUCAAGGGAAUAAGGUUCGUCCAAAAGUUUAUUAGAACUAAAGUGAUGAGGAAACAGAAAGCAGAGUUGUUGUUCGGAUACCUGAAUGACAUUGCCAAGCCGUGCACAGCUGUCAGGGAGGAUUCAGACGAGUAUUGGAGAUGCAUGAUCAAACACAUCACAAACCCAGAGAACCAUCAAGUGGCCACCUGCAAGAUGGGGACGGAGGAAGACGCUUUUGCAGUACUGGAUGAUAAGCUGAGAGUACGAGGGGUUUCACAUCUCCGUGUGAUCGACGCCUCAGUUCUUCCUAGCGUAGUGUCAGGCAACACCAAUGCCGUCGUCGUCAUGGUGGGGGAGAAGGGGGCGGACAUGGUCAAGGAAACUUGGCUCGGACAAAGAACAAACUUUGAAGAAUUUGGUUCGCCCAGAAAUGCAAUGUUGUACACGCUGAUUCGAAAACAAGUCUCAAGUCCAAAUUUAUCAAUUCUACCUCGUACUCAUCAUGACUAUUAUUAUCUUAGUUAAAUAUUGUAUAAAUUUGGGAGACUUACAACCUUUUAGUUUCCCUCUAGUUUUAUUUUCUAUUUAUUUGAAAUGCCUUAGGUAAAUCUCAAAUCUGCUGUGAUAGAGCAAUAUAGUUUAUUUUAAUCAAAACUCGUAGGUUAAAGACUUCGCACAAAGUUCACCAGGUAAAUUAGAUUAGUAGAAGUUGUUGUUGCUUUAUAGUCUUUGCUUUUGUAAAUAUUAAGUAAUAUGUUAUGUGUUCUAAUAUAAAUUAAAGUAGAAAGUAUACAUAUAAUGUUAUCAAGUUGAGAGGUCAGAAUCUACAAUUUUUAUUUGUUUAGUCUUAUAAUACAUUUUUACAUUUCGGUUACUAGAUUUAUUUUGAAUUUAUGUUAUGAUAAAUAUUAGGCCAAUGCAGCUUUCAAUAUGUCGCAAGUAACUUAAAUGUAUGAUGUGCGGUAAAUUUAGGUUAGGAUAAAACUAAAUAUUUUUUUAAAGUAAAGAAAACAUUCACAACAAUUUAUUGGAAAUCACCAAUUUGAUAAGAGUGUCAAGAUAUAAAAAGGUUAUUUUAAAAAUAUAAGGCAAUUAAUUAAGUUACAUUAACACACAAUUUCACACAAAAGAUAAUGUUUUUAGAGAUUUUAAUGAAAACGAUCAAUUUGAUAUAUUUAGCAAGGAAACUAUAAUUGAUGGUGUUUGGUGUAUGAUGUAGGAGUGAAAUAAACUCCUGAUAAUGGUACUUCAUCGUAAAUCCUGUAACUUCAAAAAGGAUUAAAACAUCAUUCCAUGGUUAUUGUGAGCUAUUUAUAUCAUGGUACAGAAAGUGUAUUGUUUAGUUUAACAGAAAAACACACACAAUGCAAUUUAGCCGUAGAGCAAUUGACAUGUAAACCAAGAGAGAAAAACUACUUAAAAAUGCUGUAGUUGAUCUAAUUAAGAUUUUUAUAACGUUUUAGCGGGCAUUUUUGCAGAGUAGGCAUCAUUAAUGUAUAAAAUAAAUGUAGGCUUCUAAGAAUAAAUAAAAUACUUAUUUUAGUAUUUUUAUUUGUUUUUUAUGGUUAAAAAAUAUGAUUUAAAUUUUUUUGCGUAGAGUUCACAUUUAAAUCCUUAUCUAUUACGAAUGGCAGUUCGAGAUGCAAUGCUAUUUGGUGGCUGGAGAUCCACUAAUUUAGGAAAAUAAAAGAAAAGUAUCUAAAUGAAGGAAACUGUUUUAGUAUUGGAGAUCUGUUCUAAAGCCAAAAUAUAAUUUGAUUUUUUCCUUAUCAGAGAAACAGUUUAGAUUUAGAGACAAUCCAUUACCUAUUUAUUGUUUUGUUCCAAUAUCUUGACUGCCCUUCUUGUACAGAUUUUUUCUGUUGAACUGCUCACAGAUAGUAAGUUUAAUAGAAUAAUGGGAAUAAUGAAUCAUAAAAGCUGUAAAAUAAC